CGUGGGCAAUUAUUUUGGCUUUGAUGAAAUGGUGUAACUAUAUAAUUCAACCAAUGUCGUACCAGCCAGCCUCAUCUCUCUCUCUCUCUCUCUCUCUCUCUCUCUCUCUCGAUAUCAAUGGCGCCUGUUCUCCCUCCGGGUUUUCGUUUCCACCCCACCGACGAGGAACUAGUGGCCUACUAUCUCGACAGGAAGAUCAGUGGCCGGACGAUAGAGCUUGAAAUCAUCCCAGUCGUUGAUCUUUACAAAUGUGAGCCUUGGGACUUGCCAGGUAAAUCCUUUUUACCAAGCAAGGAUAUGGAGUGGUACUUCUUCAGCCCACGAGAUCGAAAGUAUCCAAAUGGCUCGAGAACGAAUCGUGCAACCAAAGCUGGGUACUGGAAGGCGACGGGCAAGGACCGCAUGGUGCAAUCUAACAAGUGCCCAGUUGGUAUGAAGAAGACUUUGGUCUAUUACAGAGGCCGCGCUCCUAAUGGCAUCCGUUCUAACUGGGUGAUGCAUGAGUAUCGACUCAUGGAUUCUGAAUGCGAUGUCACAAUGCCAUUGAAGGAUGCAUUUGCGUUGUGUCGUGUUUUCAAGAAGAAUGUUUGUAAGCCGAAAAUGGACGAUCCACAAGGUGCGAUUUUUACCGAUGAAUCAAGUUGGGUCCCUAACGACUAUUUAUUAGGCGAUGAUGAUACAAGCUAUGGCAAUGUCAUAUGCCGGAGAGAAUUCGGAGAAGAGAAUUAUGAAAUGGAUGACUCCAAAUUUCCUUCUGAUGCCUCUUCAUCAGAGGUUACUCAAGGAUCGCCUUUUGAUAAUGCCAUGACAUACAAUCUACAAGGUUGCUUUGCCGCCAUUGAUGAAGCAAAUAGUUCGACGAAUGUGAGCCCGUUUCGCGUAGAAUCCACAUCCAAUCCUCCUAAAAAGGAUAUAAGAGUGCCGUAUUACCCAAGUUUGCAACAAGAGCUUUCAUAUCCACCCUUAGUUUUAGAGGACUUCCCGCAGAUGGAUACGAUGGAGGGAAAGUCACACAAUACUCAUACCAUGGAAGAGUGCAUAAUGUAUGAUAAAUACAAUGAAGCUAGCAUACUUGAAGAUAUUUUCUACGGAGGAUGUUCCUCUCAAGAGAACUCUAUUAAUCUAGCCUGGCAAGAUUCCUCCUACUCAAGACAACCUAAAUCAUCAUGAGAUCGACCAAUAAGAGGACCUUUGAGUAAUUAUAUAACAACAAUACAACUUCAAGAAAGAGUUAAGCAUAUACACUUUUUUUUCCUGUCUACAAUAUAUUUGAUAUGUAUUGAAAGGAGUGUUGAAUAAAGCUAAAAUGAGAGUAUUAUGGCCUUCUUCACCAACUUACCAAACAUUGGUUUUUGGGGUUACAAAGUGCUCCUUUUGCAAGGGAAACAAAAUGUAAUUGGGUGAUGGUUUUAUUUGUUACAGAACAAUGACCCAAGUUUUAUAAGUGGAAUCAACUAAUACAAAUGGGAGUUAUAUAUGUAGGGAUUUUUUUGAGGGGAUUUUCCUAAAAGUUGUAUGUCUUUUAAUUUCAUGUUUUUGUAGUUUUAGAUUUUGGAGGUGAUCUGUUGUUAUGGACCUUCAAAAGAGAUAAUGGGGUUAAAUCAUCUCAUGUGGUGGCUCUAGAAAAUGAUAAUAAAACACAUGGGAU